AUGAAUGCAUGCAAGUCCCGGGAUAUGCAAGAAAAUAAAAUAAAUUUAAAGCGUAAAUUAAAAGAAAAAGUAGGAGAUACUCCCUAUUAUGGGAUAUCCUUCGAGUUCGAAGGAUAUUCGCGGAUCCUCUCGUCUCCCAUAAGCUUUACCUACAAAAUAAAAACACUUAAAAAACAAGUUAGUAUAAAAUUUAGGAACAAAAUGAAUGCAUGCAAGUCCCGGGAUAUGCAAGAAAAUAAAAUAAAUUUAAAGCGUAAAUUAAAAGAAAAAGUAGGAGAUACUCCCUAUUAUGGGAUAUCCUUCGAGUUCGAAGGAUAUUCGCGGAUCCUCUCGUCUCCCAUAAGCUUUACCUACAAAAUAAAAACACUUAAAAAACAAGUUAGUAUAAAAUUUAGGAACAAAAUUAAUGCAUGCAAGUCCCGGGAUAUGCAAGAAAAUGAAAUAAAUUUAAAGCGUAAAUUAAAAGAAAAAGUAGGAAAUACUCCCUAUUAUGGGAUAUCCUUCGAGUUCGAAGGAUAUUCGCGGAUCCUCUCGUCUCCCAUAAGCUUUACCUACAAAAUAAAAACACUUAAAAAACAAGUUAGUAUAAAAUUUAGGAACAAAAUUAAUGCAUGCAAGUCCCGGGAUAUGCAAGAAAAUAAAAUAAAUUUAAAGCGUAAAUUAAAAGAAAAAGUAGGAGAUACUCCCUAUUAUGGGAUAUCCUUCGAGUUCGAAGGAUAUUCGCGGAUCCUCUCGUCUCCCAUAAGCUUUACCUACAAAAUAAAAACACUUAAAAAACAAGUUAGUAUAAAAUUUAGGAACAAAAUUAAUGCAUGCAAUUCCCGGGAUAUGCAAGAAAAUAAAAUAAAUUUAAAGCGUAAAUUAAAAGAAAAAGUAGGAGAUACUCCCUAUUAUGGGAUAUCCUUCGAGUUCGAAGGAUAUUCGCCGAUCCUCUCGUCUCCCAUAAGCUUUACCUACAAAAUAAAAACACUUAAAAAACAAGUUAGUAUAAAAUUUAGGAACAAAAUGAAUGCAUGCAAGUCCCGGGAUAUGCAAGAAAAUAAAAUAAAUUUAAAGCGUAAAUUAAAAGAAAAAGUAGGAGAUACUCCCUAUUAUGGGAUAUCCUUCGAGUUCGAAGGAUAUUCGCCGAUCCUCUCGUCUCCCAUAAGCUUUACCUACAAAAUAAAAACACUUAAAAAACAAGUUAGUAUAAAAUUUAGGAACAAAAUGAAUGCAUGCAAGUCCCGGGAUAUGCAAGAAAAUAAAAUAAAUUUAAAGCGUAAAUUAAAAGAAAAAGUAGGAGACACUCCCUAUUAUGGGAUAUCCUUCGAGUUCGAAGGAUAUUCGCCGAUCCUCUCGUCUCCCAUAAGCUUUACCUACAUAAUAAAAACACUUAAAAAACAAGUUAGUAUAAAAUUUAGGAACAAAAUGAAUGCAUGCAAGUCCCGGGAUAUGCAAGAAAAUAAAAUAAAUUUAAAGCGUAAAUUAAAAGAAAAAGUAGGAGAUACUCCCUAUUAUGGGAUAUCCUUCGAGUUCGAAGGAUAUUCGCCGAUCCUCUCGUCUCCCAUAAGCUUUACCUACAAAAUAAAAACACUUAAAAAACAAGUUAGUAUAAAAUUUAGGAACAAAAUGAAUGCAUGCAAGUCCCGGGAUAUGCAAGAAAAUAAAAUAAAUUUAAAGCGUAAAUUAAAAGAAAAAGUAGGAGAUACUCCCUAUUAUGGGAUAUCCUUCGAGUUCGAAAGAUAUUCGCGGAUCCUCUCGUCUCCCAUAAGCUUUACCUACAAAAUAAAAACACUUAAAAAACAAGUUAGUAUGAAAUUUAGGAACAAAAUUAAUGCAUGCAAGUCCCGGGAUAUGCAAGAAAAUAAAAUAAAUAGAAAGCGUAAAUUAAAAGAAAAAGUAGGAGAUACUCCCUGUUAUGGGAUAUCCUUCGAGUUCGAAGGAUAUUCGCCGAUCCUCUCGUCUCCCAUCCUCUCGUCUCCCAUAAGCUUUACCUACAAAAUAAAAACACUUAAAAAACAAGUUAGUAUAAAAUUUAGGAACAAAAUGAAUGCAUGCAAGUCCCGGGAUAUGCAAGAAAAUAAAAUAAAUGGAAAGCGUAAAUUAAAAGAAAAAGUAUGAGAUACUCCCUGUUAUGGGAUAUCCUUCGAGUUCGAAGGAUAUUCGCCGAUCCUCUCGUCUCCCAUCCUCUCGUCUCCCAUAAGCUUUACCUACAAAAUAAAAACACUUAAAAAACAAGUUAGUAUAAAAUUUAGGAACAAAAUGAAUGCAUGCAAGUCCCGGGAUAUGCAAGAAAAUAAAAUAAAUGGAAAGCGUAAAUUAAAAGAAAAAGUAGGAGAUACUCCCUAUUAUGGGAUAUCCUUCGAGUUCGAAGGAUAUUCGCCGAUCCUCUCGUCUUCCAUCCUCUCGUCUCCCAUAAGCUUUUCCUACAAAAUAAAAACACUUAAAAAACAAGUUAGUAUAAAAUUUAGGAACAAAAUUAAUGCAUGCAAGUCCCGGGAUAUGCAAGAAAAUAAAAUAAA